CGCGCGCAUGCUCAGUGUCCUUUCGACAAGUUGGCAGCAACAACACGGCCCUGGUCGUCGUCGCCGCUGCGGUAACGGAGCGGCUCGGGUGGCGGAGCCUGCGUUCGUGCGUCUGCUCUCCUCGGGAGGCCCUUCUCACUCUCCUCUUGUUUCCGUGGCUGCCCACUGGGCGAGAGUGGGUGAGGGGAGCCGGACGCCCCGCGCGAGAGGUCCCCCCACCGCGGGGCGGCCCGGGAGCCCGAGGCGGCCCGGCCCGCGCGGGCAGCGGUGUGGCCGAGGAGGGGCGGCCUGGCUCGGACACCUCGGGGUGGGGCCGAGGAGCUCUCCGGGCCGCCGGAGGAAGCGACGGGCGCGACUAGUCCACGGACGAGCAGCGGCGGGAGAGCGGACUCUCUUCCCCAGCGCCCGAGCCCAGGUUAUCCUGAAUACCAGAUGUCUAACAAUUUUUCUUCCAACAUUAGCUGUUGUUUUUUACUGCCUUCAAAAAGAUCAGACUUACUCUGGAGAUUGGUGACACAAUUGAUUUAAAAGAAAAAACUUGAACAAAUGGACAAUAUGUCUAUUACGAAUACACCAACAAGUAAUGAUGCUUGCCUGAGCAUUGUACAUAGUUUGAUGUGCCAUAGACAGGGUGGAGAAAGUGAAACAUUUGCAAAAAGAGCAAUUGAAAGUUUAGUAAAGAAGCUGAAGGAGAAAAAAGAUGAAUUGGAUUCUUUAAUAACAGCUAUAACUACAAAUGGAGCUCAUCCUAGCAAAUGUGUUACCAUACAGAGAACAUUGGAUGGAAGGCUUCAGGUGGCUGGUCGGAAAGGAUUUCCUCAUGUGAUCUAUGCCCGACUGUGGAGGUGGCCUGAUCUUCACAAAAAUGAACUGAAGCACGUUAAAUAUUGUCAGUAUGCAUUUGAUUUAAAAUGUGAUAGUGUCUGUGUGAAUCCAUAUCACUAUGAACGAGUUGUAUCACCUGGAAUUGAUCUCUCAGGAUUAACACUGCAGAGUAAUGCUCCACCAAGUAUGUUGGUGAAGGAUGAAUAUGUUCAUGACUUUGAGGGACAGCCAUCGUUAUCCACUGAAGGACAUUCAAUUCAAACCAUCCAGCAUCCACCAAGUAAUCGUGCAUCAGCAGAGACAUACAGCACUCCAGCUCUGUUGGCCCCAUCUGAGUCUAAUGCUACCAGCACCACAAACUUUCCCAACAUUCCUGUGGCUUCUACAAGUCAGCCUGCCAGUAUUCUGGCAGGCAGCCAUAGUGAAGGACUGUUGCAGAUAGCUUCAGGGCCUCAGCCAGGACAGCAGCAGAAUGGAUUUACUGGUCAGCCAGCUACUUACCAUCAUAACAGCACUACCACCUGGACUGGAAGUAGAACUGCACCAUACACACCUAAUUUGCCUCACCACCAAAACGGCCAUCUUCAGCACCACCCGCCUAUGCCGCCCCAUCCUGGACAUUACUGGCCAGUUCACAAUGAGCUUGCAUUCCAGCCUCCCAUUUCCAAUCAUCCUGCUCCUGAGUAUUGGUGUUCCAUUGCUUACUUUGAAAUGGAUGUUCAGGUAGGAGAGACAUUUAAGGUUCCUUCAAGCUGCCCUAUUGUAACUGUUGAUGGAUACGUGGAUCCUUCUGGAGGAGAUCGCUUUUGCUUGGGUCAACUCUCCAAUGUCCACAGGACAGAAGCCAUUGAGAGAGCAAGGUUGCACAUAGGCAAAGGUGUGCAGUUGGAAUGUAAAGGUGAAGGUGAUGUUUGGGUCAGGUGCCUUAGUGACCAUGCAGUCUUUGUACAGAGUUACUACUUAGACAGAGAAGCUGGACGUGCACCUGGAGAUGCUGUUCAUAAGAUCUACCCAAGUGCGUAUAUAAAGGUCUUUGACUUGCGUCAGUGUCAUCGACAGAUGCAGCAGCAGGCAGCUACUGCGCAAGCUGCAGCAGCUGCCCAAGCAGCAGCCGUGGCAGGAAACAUCCCUGGUCCUGGAUCAGUAGGUGGAAUAGCUCCGGCUAUUAGUCUGUCAGCGGCUGCCGGCAUUGGUGUAGAUGACCUUCGUCGCUUAUGCAUACUCAGGAUGAGCUUUGUGAAAGGCUGGGGACCUGAUUACCCAAGACAGAGUAUCAAAGAAACGCCUUGCUGGAUUGAGAUUCACUUACACCGGGCCCUCCAACUUCUAGAUGAAGUACUUCAUACCAUGCCUAUUGCAGAUCCACAACCUUUAGACUGAGGCCUCUCACUGUGGGGCCCCUUACCAUUAUCAGGAUGGUGGACUAUAAAAUAUAAUCCUGUUUAUAAUCUGAAAAUCUAUUUCAGUUUUGUUCUGCUUUAUCUUUUCAUAAAGGGUUGAGAAAUGUGUUUGCUGCCUUGCUCCUAGCAGACAGAAACUGGAUUAAAACCAUUUUUAUUUUAUUCUAUUUAGAACUUUUCAGGCAUGGCUCAGAACUUGAAGAUCAGGAAGAACACAUUCUUAUUAAAGCUUCACCAGUUAUGUAUGAAUGAGUCAGUCCAGUGCUGGGAAAUUUAACCCUUUUAAAUGUCUUAGAGCCUUUUUUAUGCAGAACAUCAGUGUGUGUGGUAUUCUACAGAAUAAAUUCAAUAUUGCUGAUUUUAAACAGAGAAGUUCUCAGUUUAAUUCACCUGUUUUAUUUUAUGUGCAUAUUGUUAUUGUCAGACAUACUUUAUUCCAAGAUAUUGUGCCAUGUGGGUGAGUUAAUAUUAGGAGAAACUUUACUCUGUUUUUAAAAAACAGUAAUGUAUUAUAACCUUUUGUCCAAAAUAUUUUUUGCAAGUUAAACUAGUGGAUGAUUUCAGUUCAGAUUGUAUUGCAACCUCAGUUUUAAUUUUGCCAAGGCAAAACACUAAUCUGUGUGUAUAUUGAGAAUUCCUUAAAAUUGCCAGACAAAGAAAUGUCAUUUAAAAUUGCAUUUGUUAUACCUAUUGGAUGAAUAUUUAUCAAUAAGUAUACUUUUGCCCCUUUAAACAGUAGAUGUAUUCUUCUGUAUUUCUGGGCACAAGGUUGGACUUACUAAGAAGCCUAGAAGAGGAAUUUCUUUUCCUACAGUAAUUUGUAGGGAAAGGUUUUGUAUUUUUAAAAACACUAAAAGCAGUGUCACGCUACCUAAUAUCUCACUGUUCUGCAAAGGUGGCAAUGCUUAAAUAAUGAGUAUUUUGGAAACUGCUAAAUUCUAUGUUAAAUACUGUGCAGAAUAAUGGAAACAUUACAGUUCAUAAUAGGUAGUUGGAUAUUUUUGUACUUGAUUUGAUGUGUAACUUUUUUUCAUAUACUGUUUAAAUCAUGUAUGUUAUACCAUGUUUAAAAUUCAGUUUUUGUAUCUUGGGGCAAGACUGCAAACUUUUUUAUAUCUUUUGGUUAUUCUGAGCCCUUUGGCAUCAAUGAUCAUAUCAGUCGGCAGUGACUUUGUAUAGAAAAUUUAGGUAGAAAAGUUGAAGAUGUAUCGACUGUACCACAGACACAAUAUGUAUGCUUUUAAUCUAGCUAGUAGCAUAAAUAAAACUGAAUCUCAACAUACACAGUUGGAUUCUAGGUUUGAUUUUUAAAAUUUUUUCUUUUGCACUUUUGAGUCCAAUUUCAGUGGCAAGACACCUUCUGCUAAAUGACAGGCAAUAGCCAGUUGUAUUGGGCAGCUUUGGUUUUUCCCUCACACUCUACCAGGACUUUUCCAUGGACAUGUGUAUCACUUACAGAGUUGCUUAAUUUUUUAAACUUUUAUUCUACUAUAGCAGAAGUUAGCCUGAUUAUAAGACAAAUAGAUUGUCUGCAGGAUAGAUAGAGUGAAAUAAAAUCAAAUAUUAUCUUUCAGAUGCUUUUACUUUUUGCUUGAGGGCUUCUGUAAGCUAAGAUUCUUUAAGAUAUGGUAUGCAUUUGAACUCUAGAAACACUAGGAUGUAUUAGUCCUCUUCAUAUGAACUGAAAUGAACAAGUAAGGCCUUACUCAGAAGGUCUUAAUUAAGAUGUCCUGGAAACCACUCAGUGCUUACUGCUGUGAUUUAAAUACAGACCUCAAUCCAUGCUACACAUCUUGUUUUUUAAAUAGCCUCUCCAACAAUUCAUUUCUAGUCUUAAGUACUCACGAAUACUUAACGGUAAAGUCCUAAUUUUAAUCUGUGUGAGUUUGGUGGUUUUUAAGGUUUUAUUGGCAGAAUUAUAGACAGAUACUGUCUCUAGAAAUUUUUGUCUUUAGGUUUGACUCUGCAAGAGGAAUAGGAGAGGAGAGAAUUUUAGAAUAAGAGUUUUUAACCCAAAUUACUUGAUUAGAACAUUAGCCAUGCAAUGGUGUAAUCUGUUGCUUCUUUUUCUACUUUAGGAAAGAUUUUCAUGUUUAGUCAUUUUCAGAAAGUGUGUGGAAAAUAUUUGCUAUGAAGUAUCUCUUUGGAGCCAAGCUACCUAUCUUGGUUUCUUUCUAUUAAGAGCCAUAAAAUAUAAAAGUACUUUUAGUUAUUAAUUGCUUAUAUUUUUACUAGAUUGUCACAUGAUUUUGGGAAAACAUCUAGUAUAUUAUCAAUUAUUCCUGAUAGCUUGGUUAUUAAACUGUAUUUCCGUUUCUUAGAGGUGGUCAUCUUUGAUGAGUAAGACUGAAGAAUCUCACUAGUUUAAAAUUUUGUCUAUUUUAGGAUAGUUUCUGUAGUUUGUAGAGUCUGAUUAUUAUGUGGAUAUGAUUUAGAGUGGUUUUCUUUAAUUCAUAUCUCAAAGACUCUCAGAAUGUUGAAUUUCAGUAAAAGCUGAAUGAAAGAUGAACGAGGUACUUCUAGUGUGAGACUCGUUAGGAUUUGUCUUGUGCCUUUCUUUGCAUUAUCAAAGGGAGUCCUUAAUGGUAUUGCCUUUAUUUGUCAGGGAGUACAUUCUUUUGCAAGAAUCUGUUUUGUUUUUUACAGUUUCCUACUGCUAGUAUACAGUGGUAAUGAUAAUAAAUCACUGCCAUAUAACCUUGGUUUUCCAGAAACAUUGUCUCAUUUCUUUUGCCUUUACCCCUAACUAGGGCACCUACCCAUUCCUUCUACAAACUCUAUAGGUUUACAGAUUGGAUGGUCUGACUUAAGGAUAACUAUACCUGGAACAUCCAAAUAACAGCACAGUAUUAGCUGUGUUGUAUUUCAGAGUUAAAAAUCCAUUUUUAUGGGAAAUGGUGUGAUUUGUAAUAGAAAAUUUGAAUGCAAAAUAAAAUGUUCUGUCUUCCAGAUUAUAAAUACCUUAUUUUAAAAGGUUUUGGUUAAUGGUAGGAAGGUGAGUUGGCAGCUAUCUUUUUGACUGCAGCUGUCUGGAAAAAGAAAUUUUACAUUUUCCCAUAAUGCUCCCUAAGUAUCUGGAGGUAAAAUAUUUCUGCUCCAAGUCUCUUGGUAACUGGUUAAUAGUCACUUACUAGCUGUUUUAUGCAAAAUCAGAUUAAUUCAGACCCUUUUUUGAAAGCCUUUUGGAAGGAGCAGUUUUAUUCUGAGUAAGGCAGAGCUUUUUUUGGUAGUUUCUAUAGUUGCUGUCUUUGUUGUCAUUUUAUUAAUUUAUUGAUAGCAGAUUAGUAAACUGGUGAAUUUAGGUUACCGAAGUAAGUAUAUGAAAGCAAUUACCUGUAAAGUUAAUUAAUAACCCUUGUCAGUGGGGCAGGUAAUACUCAGCUUGAAGAAAUACUUUUCCCCCCUAAAGGCAGAACCCAUUUUGUUGCUGCUAGUGAUCUGUAAAUAAUCCCUUAAAUCCUUUGCAAGAUGAUAGAGAAUAGCUGUGAGAAUCUUGUGUGAGUCUUUCCAUUUUUUCCUUCUGAUAACCAGAUUAUUUUUUCUGUUAUAUCGAGAGAUGUAAAAAGUUAGUGGUUUUAUUCAUAGCAGCAUUCUUGGCCCAUUCUUAUCUCUAUUUCUUGCCUCAGUGCUGCUAGGUUGUUUAUCCUGUGUCACUGCGAAAUGAAUUUUCUACAAACUUGCCUAAGUAAGAAAACUGUCUUUUUGUUUUUUGAUGGAGUUAUUUAAUACGUAUUUCAGAAAAUAUACUGGAUAAAACAUUUCUUUUUGUGCUUGUCUUUGUGGGCUUCAGGGGCUUCUAAGACAGAGGAUUUUUACCAUUAUUAAAUGGUCAUAAAUUACUACAGUUUUGAAAUUUUAGUAUUUUUAACCUUCCUUCCUCUUCUGGUUUUCAUUUCCAACAACUGCCACUUCUUAUGUGGUUAGUAGUGUGCCUCCCCUUAGUAUUUUAGUCUUCCCUUUCUGAUUCAUUAUUUCUAACUGCUUAAGCAAGGAAACCAAGACAACUGAAAUUAGAAUUUUCUUUAAAACAAAAGAAAAAUCGUGUGGCAGAACCCAUGAUGCUUUCCCGGCAAGUGUAGAAAAGGACUUCAGUGCACUGGCAUUUGAUACUGGUUUGACUGCAUAAAAUGGUCCCUGAUUCUUGCUGAGUUUUAGGUGGUUGAGUGGAGAGAAAUGAGUCAUACUCAUAUUUUCCCCUUCAGACUAAUGUUUUAGAAGGUUUCAUUGCUUUCACUUAAGUGGUGCUCAUAGAAAAACUGGGGUUACAGGGUUGCUAAAUUAGCAUCAACAGCCAGAGGCAUUACUUUUACUUGGAGGACACCAGCAAACAACACACAUAUACAAAUCUUGGAAAACAAGAAGGCCUUUGUGUGUGUGUGUGUGUGUGUGUGUGUGUGUUUGUGUGUGUCCUUUUAGCGCUACCUUCUGGCCUUCCUUCUCCAUAGAUACUUUUGACCUAUUGGUGCCUUUAUGAAAAUUGAGGGUAUAUCCUGCCCCAAGGAAUAGCUAAAGUAAUGGCUGAUACUUUCAGGGAUUUUAACAUCACACUUGAAUGAAUGAAGGUUCUUUUUCUUUUUUUAAUGUAGGAAGGACUGAGGAGAAAACUGGUGAAGACAAUCAUUUCUUCUGUUGAGGUGGAUAUUUUUCACAGUUUAUUUAAAAUGCUUUUUCAGUAAGUCCAGAGUUGAUAUUCUUUUUCAACCCUAAACAAGUGGCUCUGGCUUAGGCCAGACAGUUGCACACUCUAGUUUGUGCUUUGGCAGUAAUUUGAUGUGUGACCUUGGGCAAGUCAUUUACCUUCUCUGGGCCUCAGUUGUCUCAUCUGUAAAAUGAGAGUUAGACUAGAUUAUUUAUUCCACCUCUGAAUUCUAAGUGACCUUGCCUACCUUGCAGUGGUUUUGGAUUUCUUCCUUACCUUUGGUCUGCUGUUUGAGGGGGCUUUUUACUUAUUUCCAUGUUAUUAAAGUGAGACUGGGCUUGAUAUUUUAUUAUUGUUCUUCCUAUGGACAAGAAGUUAUAUACUAUGUCCUUAAGACUUAAUUUUAACCAAAGGCCUAGCACCACCUUAGGGAUGCAAUAAAAGUACUUCACAAACAAAAACGGGGGGGCAGGGCCAGGCGGGGUGUCUGCAUUUUAUUUUUGUCAUCAAAGUUUCUGAGUCAUGAUCUUCUGACUUUCAAGUGGGUAUAUGUGUGACACCAUCCUCCUAAGUGCUGUGUGCUGAUAGUUUUUUUCAACUAAAAUGGAUUGAAAACCUGUUGUUAAUGCCCAAUGAUGUUAGAGGCCAUUAAUUUGGGUCUUUGGUUUCUUAACCCUUCUAUGCUUUAAAAUAGGGAAAUUCCUCUGAACUGCAUCAAGUAAAAUGGUUUAUAUGACUCAAAGGAUCAGUGAAUGAUAAUUCACUUUAUUUUUGGCUCUUUUUAGGUCCAUUUUGAUGAGAUGACUUUUGUCUGGAUCAUUCCUUUUAGAAUUCUUUCCAACCUACCUUUAGAUGAGUAUCAUUAAUGAACUUUCCUUUUUCAAGGACUGAGGAGUCUUCCUUUGGGGUGGGUUGAGGGUGAGGGGCUUGGGGAGUCCUGGUAGAGGCCAGCUCUGUGGUAGCUGGAGAGGAAGGGAUGAAACCAGCUGCUAUUGCUAAGGCUGCUUGUCAUUGGUAGAAGGACUCAUGGGCUUGGAUUGGUUAAAAGGCUAAACAUGGAGUUGUCAAACUUCUUUCAAAUAUGUGGCUCUCUUCAAUGCAUUGGAUAUGUGAUUUAUGGGAAACAUAUGAAUGCUUAUAGAUGAUUAAAACCUGUUGGGCUGUGGAGCCCAGUUUGGAAGAAUGGGGGGUUGGGGACAGAUUUGGUGUCGGUGUUUCCCAACUCUGUCUCCUCCCCUGAAGUCUAAGGGAUGCAGCUAUGCCAAAACUCAAAGAACCACUCUUAGCUUCCACUUUUGGGAAAACUGGUAGCUGAAGCCCCAGUUAGUUCCUUUGUGGCUUUCUGUAUACUUUUUCUUGGUUGAAGUCUACGGCUAUAAAAAUAGUUGAACCUUUCUUGAGAACUCUGUAACAAAGUAUGUUUUUGAUUAAAAGAAGGCCAACUAAA